AUGGAGCCCAACCGCGCACCGCAACACAAGGCCAACUUCGAAAUCAUUAUUCAUAGUAUGCCUAUCAAGCGCAAGUAUAGCAGCGAUAGCGGGGGUGAGGAGACGGAAUCCGAGAUGUCACAAACGGGCAAUGUCGACGAUGUCGAUGCUAACGAAACCGAAGUCGUCGAUACUAACGAAACCGAAGUUGACGAUACCUCCGAGCAUCCUAUCAUCGAUUCUGUUCCUCUGGAUGACACUCUUCCGCAUCUCAACGCGGCGAGUUCACAGGUAGAAGCAGUAGCACUAGCCCUCAUCGCCACCCACGACCCCAUUAAGCGUGAGAGCUCGAUGGAGGAAAUCGGCCUUACUGGUUUUGUUCCGGAACCUGUCCUUGUCCCUGUUCCUGCUCCGCCCCGACGAGGCCGACCUCGCCGACAAGCACCUGCGCCGCAUCAUAUGGCUGCUCCUGUUGCUCCCACUGCCGCUGUUGCUCCCGCUCUGGCCCCUCCUCACUGGUCGCAAGGGAUGCAAAACGCCCAAGGCCCUGGAUAUGCUGCGGGGAUGUCAAAUACUCAAUUCUACGCUCAAGGCUCUGGAUACGCUGCGUCGAAUUCAAAUACUCAAUUCUCUGGACACGCUGUGUCGAUGUCAGAUGCUCAAUUCUUUGGGCACGCUACAGGGAUAUCAACUGCUCAAGCCACUGGAUACGGUGCAGCGAUGACAAAUGCUCAAUUUUCUAGCUACGCUAUGGCGAUGGCAAACACUCAAUCCUCCAUACAUCUCGUCGAAGUCGUUGUCGGCACCCAGCACAGGCCCAUCUAUGUUGCUCGACAUUUGCUCUGCAACAGCUCGAGGCGCCUUGCAGCAGACCUAGAAAAUCCUCGUACUACGCGGUUGCUGCGGUAUCAGGAUUCACCUCGCGACUUUGAUCUCUACGUCCACUGGUUGAAACACCGCACUGUAAAUGUGUCUAAUCUGAGUAGCGCACAAACACACUGGAUGCUGUGGGCGAGGUUGUCGGUCUUGGGCCGCAGGCUGGAAGAUGACCUGUUUCAGACGGCGAUUAUUGACAGUAUCAUUUACAAGUAUAGGGGCGGGUUGCCGCCUGGGGACUAUCCUGGGCACGAGGUGAUGACCUAUCUGUGGACAGAAGGGCGGACGGCCAAGGGCUUGACCCAGCUCUACAUGGACAUUUGGGCCCACUGGUGUAGUAGGAGAUUCACUGUGACACUGGAUGAGUUGAAGCGGCUGCCGGCGGAAUUUCUUGCGGCGUUGUACUUGACUAUGAGCCGGGAGCUGGUGAAGAGGGGGAUUGAAUUGAGUGUCGGCUUUCAUCUGGGGGUGAACAGAGAGGCAUAUAUGCCCGGGUGGCCUGCAAAUCAGCCCCAUUAUAAUGAGGACGCGUGA